AUGGCAGAGUUUCUGUUCAUCGACUACCAAGAUGAUCAGUUGCAGAAUCUCUCACUCCAAAGGAGGAAACGGGAAUUCACGCAAAAGGCUCGAUAUCGCAAAGAGCGACUCGCGGCGAUGGGGAGGCUGAAAUCCUCGACACUAGUCCUUCGCCAUCGCCUUCCAUUAGCAUACGUCCCCUUGGGGCUAGACGGGGCCGAACUGGGUCCAACUACGAAGAGCAGACCAGAUGGAGGUCCCAGUGGCACCGAUACCCCAGAGCCAGAAGCCCCGCAGAUCAUCCCGGUAGUAAACUUUGGGUCCCCUCGAAGGCUCUCUGGGGACGGCUUCGUGGAUCCGUUUGCCACAACAGCAUUUCCAAUGACGGGAUCUAUGAAUUCCUUCUUCCAUCAAUUGCGACACUUUACCAUCCCCGGUGCAUAUCCCGUGGAACAGUCUCGUAUGACUGUGUGGUGGUGGCAGCAGGGAACUUCCCAGCCAGCAAUUGCAGGCAAUGUCGAAGCAGCAACAGCACAUACUAAGGGCGUCGAAGCUUUAAUCGAGCUUAAUGGUGGCGUCGAAGCGCUAGACCAUAUGGCGCAGUCUGAAAUCUACCAUGGUGAUAUGCUAAACGCCAUUUUAACAAAUACGCGUCCGACCCUGUCCCCGACAGCAACAUGGCGCAGCAAGAUACUUCAAGAAGAGAAGAUCUUUCACUCGACCAGCAACUUCAUCACGGGCUUCGCCAAUCAAUUCAAGAAGGAUCUCUCACAAUUGUCUUGUCUUGGUACUUCAUUCUUUGCAGCACCCUGGUAUAGCGGCCUCGAGGACAGCAUGAAGGAUUUACUUCAAUGGUCUCAACGACUCAUCCAAUACUACGAGAUUGCACGUCUGCAGACCUCAAUCACCACGCAAUCCGAUAAUGAUCUAUUCUUGGUCCUCGAGCACCAGCUUAUGUUAAUACGCUAUACGCCAAAGCUUUCAGCUUCAUAUACCAUCUCCGACCUCCUGAACGAACCCCUUCGUGUCACUCUACUCAUCUACCUGAACGCGUGCGUUUGGCAUUUUCGAGUCUUCCCAAUCAUGCGGUAUAUGGUAUCGCCGUUGCAGCAGAUCCUACUCUCCAAUACUACCGGGGCAAAUUCAAUCCUGCAUUGCAUUAAACGGAACGCUCCUGAUUUACUCUUUUGGAUCUUAUUCAUUGGUGGAGUAGCAUCACGGGGCCACCAUGAGCACUUAUGGUUUGUUGCACAGUUGGUGGAAUUAACCUCUUAUUUGGGGAUCAGCGAUUGGGAUGCUGCGCAGGUAAUUUUGCGUGGAUUUUUCCACAUGGAUCAUCCUGGCCAACCAGGAGGCAAGGAGCUGUGGGAAGAAGUGAGUGCUUCGUCCUGA